AUGCAAAAACACAAACGAUCACAAAGCCAUAUAGACGAUCGUUUCAAGCAUCACCACCGCUUCCGGUUGGUGUUCAACGUGACGGACAUCCCGCUGGGUGAAAAGCUGCGGGCGGCGGAACUCACACUGAACCGAGACGCCAUCGACGAUCAGCGAUACCGGAGCGUGCAGCAUCAGGUGCUGGUGUACGACAUCGUGCGGCCUGGCAUCAAGGGCAAGCGGGCCCCCACCUAUUUGCUGAUCGACAGCAAAACGGUCAAAAUCAACGAAACCGGUCCCGUCAGUGUGGAUGUGCUGCCAGCUGUUGACCGGUGGCUGCGACAUCCGAAACAAAACCAUGGACUCUUCAUUCAGGUUAUCAGCAAAAGCAAACGGAAGCCUCAAGCUGUACCGCAGCACGAGCAUGUCCGGUUGCGGCGGAGUACCGACGAAAGCCACGACAAAUGGGCGAAGAAACAGCCGCUGCUGUUCACGUACACCGAUGACGGACGCCACAAACAGCAGCGUUCGAUCCGGGAAGCAGACCGUUACCGACGCAAUCGGCGAAGGAAGAACGGUAACGAAGCCUGUCAGCGGCGGCCACUUUACGUAGACUUCAGUGAGGUUGGCUGGAGUGACUGGAUUGUAGCUCCACCGGGAUAUGAAGCCUUCGUAUGCGAAGGUGAAUGCCAGUUCCCGAUUGCCGAUCAUCUGAACACGACGAAUCACGCGAUCGUUCAAACGCUGGUCAACUCAAUCAGUCCCAGCCUGGCACCGAAGGCCUGCUGCGUCCCCACUCAGCUGUCCUCCAUCUCGAUGCUGUAUCUGAACGAGCAGAACAAAGUGGUCCUGAAGAACUAUCAGGAUAUGACCGCAGUCGGAUGUGGUUGUCGUUAAACAGAGCCGCUUGUAAAUUGCGUGAAAUUGUAUUAUACUGAGCUGAGCGGGUAUCCUCUUAAAGAAGAUAUCGGCAAAUCGACCGGGUCGUAGGUUAUAGAAUGUACUAUGAAACGAAGGAACGAAUAUUUGUGGUAGCACUCUACCUUUCGAUGAAUGUCAUGUAAAUUUAUUCCUAUGCCAGAUGAAGGGGUAGUUGAUGAAGACGAAGAAAAAUAAGAAGAGAUUAGGAAACUUUUCGCUUAAGAGAGACACGAGAUCGAGAUCGAACGGCUGCGUGAUUUGUACAGAUGUGUGUUAGUGUGCGAUUGAGAACGGGAUCCCGAGCGCAGUUUGGGAUACCGAUUUUACUGUUACGUUUAGGUAUACUUAUAUAAUAAAACCCAGUGUUGGUAAAAAACUUGUACAAAAAAUUUAUCCAUGGUAUUUCAGAAACUGCGAUCGAAUAUGGCUAAUAUUGUAUACUGCUGUUGGUAUAACCUAAUAUGGAAAAACAAACUGCAUUACACUAAAACCACACACGAGCAAACCGUAGCGAAACCUGUUCUGUAAAUAUACACGUAAUUCAAAGGCUAGCUAAUAUAUUCAACUAAACCCCGUAAAACUUCGUAAAACGCAAAAACGCAAACGAUCACUUUAUACAAUGAAUACCACUACUACAAUGAAAGCUUCAUUCUAAGAAAAAAAUUUAGGCGAUUGUUUAAUAGUGUAGACAGACAAUAUUUGUUGGAAGAUUGUUUUAUUAUUUAUUUUUUUACUUUGGUACAGUAAGACAUAGGGCGGGCAGCAUUCGGAGAUUUUAUCGACAGGAUCGGGUUGUGUGCGUCAGAGAGUCCAUAUAGUCCUUUUAGCAGAAGUGUAACGAGUGUUUGGCAAACACACAACCAUAGUAGUGUACUGUUUUCUAUCCAAACCUAUACUGUUUAUUACUGUUUUAUUUCUGUAAAUUUGUGUAAUAUAA